UCUAGCAAGAACACAUACAACGCAUAGAAGUUGAAGUGAACGUGAAUACGCUAGGCAAUUUGAACGAUACAUCAGUGAAAAAUUGUUUCAUGAUACAAUAAUUUAGUGACUAUUUUACGAAUCUUAUCAUUAAAAUUUUACCAUCAAAUUUUCCACAGCGAUAUAUAAAUUUGUCGUGUUUAAAUUGGUGUUAAUUUCAACUGAAUCGAUAAAUGUGAACGCAACAUUUUUAUCGAUUAAAUUGUGGCUCGACAUUAAUAGUUUGAUUUUAAAAAUCGCCAUUUUGACUCAUUUGGUGUUUGUAGUUAUUGCAAGAAAUUUUUUAUUUCCAUCAAAUCAACGAAUAAUUCACACAUUUUAUUCAUAAAAUUUAUUAAAUUUGAAUUUAGUGCAUAUGAAUUGUGAAGUUUAUGUGAUUUUUAAUAAAAUUAUUUGCACAGACAUUUCCAUGGAGCUGCUCGUAUAUGGCAUAGACAUGAACACCAUUCGAUGUGAAUGUUAAGUGAAAAACUGUUGAGCAUCACAACAUCCGACGAUAUAAAAAAAAAUGUCUUGAUAGCAAAAUAUCGGAAAUAAAUAAAAUCAGAUAAUAGAUGGUCAUCAUUUCUACGAGAAAAUAAACAGUGUCGAAUUGUUCAAUUGUGAUGUAUACAUAUACGAAUAGGUCACAAAACUCAUGCCUUUGAACAGAUCACUCAAAUUAUUUAUCAUCGAACACUAACAGACUUAUGACAUAAGUUUUAAGACGAAAACCGGUUGAAGAAAGUGUUUAUAUUUUCAUUAAUUUACGGCGUUUUCUUUUGAUUUUUCGCAAGACAAAGAGAGAACAGAGAAAAAAAAUAAUUUACUAAAAAUAAAUCGCUGACAGCAAGAACAGAAUUAUAAAAAACAGAGAGACACAGAGUGAAGUUUAAGUGUGUGAUUUUGUAUUCAUUUUAUUUUCAUUUGGCAUCAUCACUUGUUACCGAACAAUCCAACUAAAAUGGCUCAAUCACAAAAUAAUGCCGUCAACGUUCUUAUCCAUGACGCCAAUGGACAACAACAAAUCAUCAAAAUCCUGCCGAAUAGUUCAGGUCAACAAUUGAAGGCGAUUUCUAAGCAUGGUUUACGUACGACUGACACAACAAAAGUAGUUGCCCAGCGAUCAGUGGGUAUGUCUUCAACAUCACAAUCAUCCGGUGCAAAUCGUAUGGUUACAUCCACACCAACACGAAUAGACAUUAAAGUAACGCCUCAACAAAUGGCGGCUCUAAAGUUGGGCUCACAAGGUAAUAACGCACGUAUCGUACAAAUUGGAAAUAAUUCGGGAUCACACAAAAAUAAUUCGAAAACAAAUAUUUUGAAUAAUUCACAUGGCAUCAAAAAAGAAACUCAAUCAGUACAAAGUUUUAUGCGUCGUCGAAGGAAUGCCGAUCGCAGUGGCAAAGGUUUACGUCAUUUUUCAAUGAAAGUUUGUAAAAAGGUGGAAGAAAAAGGUACCACCACUUACAAUGAAGUUGCCGAUGAAUUAGUUGAAGAGGAGGCAAAUGGUCAACCAUUGGACUCGUCAAACUAUGAUCAAAAAAAUAUUCGACGUCGUGUAUAUGAUGCUUUAAACGUUCUUAUGGCAAUGAAUAUCAUUUCAAAAGACAAAAAAGAAAUUCGUUGGAUUGGAUUGCCCACAAAUUCGGCACAGCAAUGUAGUGCCUUAGAAGCCGAAAUGGAAAUGCGAAGAGAGCGCAUUGAAAGUAAACAACAACAGUUACGUGAGCUCAUCUUGCAACAGGUUUCGUUCAAAAGCUUAGUUACACGCAACAAAGAAGCUGAAGAGCGCGGUCUAGUGCCAUCAAAUAAAUCAGCGAUUCAAUUGCCUUUCAUUACCGUUAGCACACACAAAAAAACACAAAUCAAUUGCAGCGUAUCCGAAGACAAAUCUGAGUAUUUCUUUUCGUUUGACGAUAAAUUCGAGAUUCAUGACGAUAUCGAAGUUUUAAAACGAAUGGGUCUACUAUUGGGUUUGGACAAAGGCCAAUGCACCUUUGAGGAUAUUCAACGUGCAAAGACAAUGGUGCCGAAAUCAUUUCAACGAUAUAUUGAACUGUAUGGCAAGGGCAAAGACGAUUCAAAUGAAUGGGAAAAUACGUUCAAUUCAAUGGAAGACGCAAUCAAAUCCGAACCAUACGACACAAUGUACGAUGAUGAUGAAAACUAUUCGGAAAAUAGUAAUUUGGAUUAAAAAAGAGAUCAUUGUUUUGUUUGUUCGAAUCACACGUCCGGAAGAUUUUGUUUUAAUUUUAGCAAAUGCGAUUAUAUCCUAAUAACAUGUGAACGAAAAACGAAAGCGAGAAUAAGAAAAAGAAUUGAAAUCAGACAUUUAAGGAAUAAACAAGCAAAAAACAAAAUGCAGUCGAAUUGCAUUCAGUGUGUCAUGUUUAUAGUGAGUAAGAAGUGAAGAGCGGAAAAACAAAACGAAAGCAACAUUGAUUCUAGUGUGAAAUAGAGAAAAAAACACUUCAAUAAACCAAGAGAGAAUAAAAAAAAUUAGCUUGUAAGCAUUGCAUUAUGUUUUAAGUGAAUUAAAAGUAAUAAGCGAG